UUUUUAGACAAAUUGGUCACUUCCUAAUUUUGGUAUCCGGUUGGUUUUCUUGUGACAUCUAAUAGGGAAAUAACAACUUUAUUUUACAUUUCCCAAACUCUUUUAGGAUUAAAGCUGACACUAUGAUGGGACAGGCUGUUGGAAGACCUCUCCAACCCAAAAAGAAUCCGAUUUCGGAUGACUAUAGACUCACAGGAUCUGUACUUGGUCUGGGUAUCAAUGGAAAGGUUCACGAAUGUUUUUGUAGAGCAACAUCGGCAAAAUUUGCGCUUAAGGUAGCACUUAACUACUUUUAACUUGAAUAUUAUAUAUUAUAAUAAUAUAUUAAAACUUUGAAUCUCAUAUUUUUAAUAUUAAGAUAUUAGUUAAUGUAGAAAGUCUGUCUCUCUCUCUAUAUUAUAUUUUGCUAAAACCGAGGACUGCUGCCACAGCGUCUUUUGUGUCUUUAUUUUUUUUAUAGUUGCAGUGAAUAGGGGUUAGAUUUGGCUUUCUUAGGGAUCGAUUUAGGGUUCAGGUUAGGCAUAGUCAUAGGGAUCUAUUUAGGGAUACAUUCGUGAAAUUCGAUAAAAAAGUGGCUGCGUCCUCAUUUUUAACCUUAUAUUUAAAUACAUUACAUAAUAUUAAUUGGCUCACAUUUAAGACUUGGUGGGUUGUAUCUUAAUAAUGAAUAAAAAUGCAAGUUGAUUGAAGUUGGCAGUGCAGCAAAGCAUUAUUAAUGAUUAUUUAUGUCAUUUAUUUGAAUAAUAAUAUCACUGACUUAGACGUAUAUUCUUAUAUCUACUAAAAUCUUUGUCAUUACUGUUAUUCACGAUUUGUUUUGACACCUUUGAUGCUGACAUAUGGCAACCACCUCAAUGUUAAAUAGUGAUGGUUUUGGCAUUGAUCUUGACACUUGUCUUCUUAAACCUAAUACUAAUUAAAAAACCUAUGGAUAAAUGGGUUGAUUUUGGGUCAGCGGUUUCAAAGUUCACUGAGGUUACCCCAGAUCAACUUCCGUCUACAGCGCCAUAUUCAAAAGAUUUCGAUAUUUAUGUUUUUGUUCACUUAACUCUUUCGCUGCUGAAUUUUUUUAAUCGAAAAAAUGCACAUUAUUUUCAAAGAGUGGGAGGUUGGGUUUAUAAAAAAUUAUUCUAAAUAUUUUUUGAUUUAUAAGACUAAACUUGGUAUCAGAUGAAAUAUAAUUGAACGGGCUAUAUGUUUGUAAACUAAUUUCUUCCGUUAAAAUAAAAUAAGUAACAGAGAAGAACCAUAAAAUGUGAAAAAAUUAUAUGCUAAACCAUUUUUUUCCCCAAAACCUAUGAAAUCAGCAUACAUCAUCUUUACUUCUAUAACUCAAAUCCUCUAAAGCUACUACUAUCAGAAUCAUGCAAUGGAUAUAAAUAUAAAUCAUCUUCACUAUCAAAAGAAAUAGUAUAAAACAAUUCUAAAGCUUUUUGAGCUGUUAAUCGUCGAGUAAACUUACUCACCUACUAGGGUGGCCAUAGCCACAGUAGAAAAAAAAGUGAAGAAAAUCAUUAAAAUAAUGCUUUAAAUGACAACAAAUAAAUCUUGGAUUCACUUAUAAAAAAGUUUAAAAGUCUUAUGUAAAAAUAGCUCUUAAAAAUUUUAAACGAGAAAUGGCAAAGAAACAAACAUGAUACUGAAACAAUGUAGAGCGCGUUGGUCCGUGCUUUAUCUGCCCUCCCCAGGGGAUUUCUUUGUUUCUUAUUUUGUAUUUAAAUAGGGGGAGGGAGUGGGGCAGGGGUCUCCCCAGAAGAUCAUUUCGCACAUGACAAACCUAUUUCCUAUACAAUUUAAGCAGUAGUCUCCCUUUUGUCACUGAAGUUUUAACAUACAAGUAUUUCAAUUUUUAUCUAAUCAAAAGACAGUACUUUUAGCGCUUGUCUUUUUUCCCCCCCACCGGUAUUGAGGUAUCGGCAAGGAUGUGUUUCUUUUUUCAUUUCUUUUGAAAUGUGUAAGUUGAAUUUACAUACAAAUUAAUGGAAAAUUCAUUAUAAUAUAUUUCAAAUUAACUGUAUCGAUCGCCAGCUUUAGUUUAUGACGCGAGAAAUGCUCAGUAGAGAAUAGGAAAGUUAUCAAACACAUCGUUCAGGUCCUACCAUUGGUCUAUUCACCCUAAAUCCAGUUCUUGGGAUUUCCCAAAUUGAUGUCAUAGCGUAGGGUGAGACAACUCUUGGCAAAACACAUAGUGUUAACCCAAAAUUUACAGAUAAAUGAUUUAAAGAUAAUUUUAACAGUUUUCAUUCAAAUUUGAGCAAUAAUUUUAUUGAAGUGACCUCCAUCUUUUGAUGUAGGUCACAAGAUAGCAGACAUAUUGAUGAAGCAGUACAUACUCAACAUGUAAACUAAAAAAAAAUUGUAAUUUAUUAAUUUUAAGGAUAUGCUAUUAUUAGUUUGUGGAAAACAAAGUGUAGCACCUUUAUUGUUUCCCUCAGAUAUGCGUCAAAAAUUGUCAGUUGCCUGCAGUCACCUCCUUUCUUCAUGGAGUCUCAGCAGUGUGUGCCACACUCAGCAGUGUGUGCCACACACUGCAUGUAAAAUAAGAAAACAUAAAAAUUGAUGCAAUAUGUAAAACGCAACUUACAGCUUUCAAUAGUCUUACUCAAAUACACUUUUGCAUAUUUUUAAAAUGGUUCCACCAAAAAUAAAAACCAGUAAGAAUACAGUAAAGUCAAUAUACUUUUGCACAAAUUAUCAAAAUUCCACUUUAUUCAUCCUGGAAAAAAUAUUUGCCUCACUCAUUUGUAAUCAUUAAAUAUUGAGUAUGUGACAGUAAUGUCAUCAAUCUGCAUGUUCGAUCUCCCUCAAACAAAGAGAGCUCACUCUAAGAAUUCUCCCUAUCCAAAUGGACUUUAUUUAACUUUCUCGUUUUUAACAUUUAUGCACAGUUAUGAUUUCUUCUGACACUCAACUUUGAUACUCAUAUUUAUGGCACUCAGAGGAUUUUGUAGGCUGUAAAAGAACAAUUAUACAGACACAAAAAAAACAAACCCUUCCUGCGUUUCCUGUGAAAAUAAUUAUUAGGAUUAUCUUUAAUGAUGAUCUACCAAUUACUGAUAGAUUUGGUUACCAAUAUGCUGAUUAAUCUGUGCAAACCUGUCUUCCACUUCUGGCACUUCUGUUCUUCUGUCCUUUCCCCACAACCUCUUUUCAAAGUCCAACCAACCCCCAUUCUUGACCCCAACCCUGUUUUACAAGCUUUCCUUUUGUCUCCUCACCUAAUAAUUCAUCAUGCUUUUUUUCUCUCUCCAUUCCAUAAUCACCCUUAUUUCAACCAAUAAUCACCCUUAUUUCUUAGAUUAUUUGGUGAUUUUUGUGUGCUGUCUUAUAUUGCUGCUUUGUUAACCCUCCUAUUUAAACCUUGAAUGGAGCUAUGGAUCUCUGAUAAAUUUUCCCCCCACUAUUUAUAAUUUAUAUUGCAAUGUUGUGACAAAUAAUUUGAUGUUGACUUUAUUAUGUACUGAUUAAAAAAGGGUUUGAAUAUUUCUUGAGUCAGGAAAAGUUCAUCUAUAAAGUUAUAUUCAUUAGAUUAACUAUACAUUUGAAUUAUAAUAAAACGAUUUAAGUUAUCUCUUACAGAGUGCUAUGAUCAAAGAAGUUAUUUUAUUGAUCAUUUUAAAAAAAGUUGGUCUUUUUCUUAUACAUGUUUCUUUGUGCUGACAGGUGUUGAAAGAUGUUCCUAAAGCUAGACGAGAAGUUGAUCUACAUGUCAGAGCUUGCAUGGGGUGCAGCCACAUAGUUAAAAUUCAUGAUGUUUAUGAGAAUCAAUAUGCCGGAACAAAAUGUCUACUUGUUGUCAUGGAGUGGUAAAUAAUUCACGUUUUUCUCAGAAGUUAUAAGUUAUUAUAAAAAAUAAGUUAUUUUGACGUUUUCAUAAAAUAAUCUUUCAUAUUUUUGUUUAUUGGCCUUGAAAACUCAAAUUUUAGUAGAAAAACACACUAGGAAAAUAAUAGUCAAUUGGUUCAGUGAAAUAUUACCAUUAUUUUAGCAUGGAAGGUGGAGAGCUCUUCACACGCAUUCAAGAAAGAGCAGAUACAGCAUUUACAGAAAGAGGUAAAUAUUAUUUCACGGUGGGGAAAUUAUUUGUUACUUAUUAUCAUAUUAUUAAAUUGAAAUGUUUUUAAUAAAUUGAUUCAUGUUCAGAAUUUAUGUUUUAGUAAAGAAGAGAAUUUAGAAAUAUUACAUGACACAGCCUUUAGAGCAGACUUUUAUAAAUUCAUUGUACUCGUGAACUGUUUACUAACACUAUUCUUUUAAAUCCAGAGGCAGCCUCUAUAAUUGGAGAUAUUGCUAAAGCAAUUUUUCACUUACAUUCCAUGGACAUUGCGCACCGGGACUUAAAGGUAAAUAAAAAGAUGUAUCAUUUCACGUCAGUAAUCUAGUAGUUUUGAUAGCAGGAUUUUAAAAACAUUAUGUUAUAAAAUUUUGGUUACAAGAGUUUAAUGUCUAAAUAACGGAAAAGACUAACCUGUAUUAUUGCAGAACAACAUUAAAAACUCUUUGUGUCUGUAAGUCUUAUUAACAAAUUUUAUACUGAGUCCUUAAAAUAGAGUAUGUUUCUUUGUAUAUAAGCAUUACAUUUGGUUCAUUGAAAGUGAUCAUGGUAAUUAAGAUAAGAUGAGAUUCUUUUAUUGAUCCAAAUAAAAGGAAAUGUUUUUUUUUUAUUUUUUUUUUUUUUAAAUUAUUUUUUUACUUAUUCAUAUUCAGCACAUGAACAAAUGUGAAAAGUAUAAAGAUGUGGAAAUCCUUAUUUAGAAUUGUCUGUUUUCUUUCUUACUUAAAGUAUUGGUGUGAUGCUCUAUUUCAACCUAACAGUUAGUGAAGUACUAAAUCUUAAUGUUAAGAAGCCUUUUUAUAAAAAAAUAUAUAUUAACUUGGAAAGCACAUUAUCCAUUACCACUACCAUACACACACCCAGGCACUUGAAGAUGGAUCAACCAAAGUCACGAUGGACUACUUUUAGGGAAGGAGGCUUUUUGAACUUGUCAUUUAUAAAGCAAUCGGGAAAACUAAACUUACAAGAGCUUGUGAUUAGUGUCUGCCCAUUACUAUUCCUGAGUUGGGAAAAAUCAAAAGUUUUCAGCAGCUACUCUUUUUCCCAUCACUCUAUUUUUUUAUUGCUAGUUUUACUCUGUCUUAUGUAUUUGGAUAGCCUGAAAACUUGCUGUAUUCAAACAAAUCAAAUGAUGGAAUUCUGAAGCUGACAGACUUUGGCUUUGCUAAGGAAACGGGACAGUUUAAAUCACUACAGACACCAUGUUACACACCAUAUUAUGUUGGUAAGUUAGUCAUCUUCAAGUAAGUCAUUUAAAUUAAUUUGAUGUUGAAAAAGAUUGAUAUAUUCGAGGGAUACAAAAACACAUUUAUUUUUUUAAAAACAUUUUUGAUGAGGUCAAUAUUUUUGAAUAGUUGAACUGAUCUGCCAAAGAUUCUGAGCUGCAUGAUUACCAGGGUAAUUGAUAAUACUAAAAAUUAAGAAAUAUAUUCUCUCUUAAAGUUUGUUAUAAGAAAGAUUGUUCUUUUCUUACUUGCUAAAGUAAAUAAGCACCAGUUAAAAAAAAAAAGAAAAAAAAAUAUAAUCAUUGAAAUGAUUUUCCCUCUUUGUAUAUUAACCCAUUAGCUACCAGAUUGAAAAACUCGCUGUGGCUGAAUUAAGUCUAGGUCACAUUUACUACAAUACAAACAUUGGCACUACCAGCGGCUCAUGGCUAUAACGAAAGAAAUGCCCAGCCACUCCCACAGGCUCAUGGUAGUUAACCAGUUAAUAUACACACUGCAAAUAAAUAUAAAGUUUAUUUUUUUUACCUCUAUAUUUCAGCACCUGAAGUGUUAGGGCCUGAAAAAUAUGAUAAAUCGUGUGAUAUGUGGUCACUAGGAGUAAUUAUGUACAUUUUGUAAGUAUGAAAUAAGGUUUUUAACAAAUUAUUGUCAACCUUAUAACUGUCAAAAACAAAUUUCUGUAGCGUCAAGCCAUUUUUCGCAAUUUGAUAUGCUUUUCAAAAGUGACAAAAAUCCUAGAUUAAAUGAAUUUAGAGAACCUUACAAGUUAUAUAUUUUCUGAAAGUUCAUUGGACAAGGUAUCUUAUGGUAUGAAAAUAAUUUGUUUUUAUAUUAUGUAUGUUGAUAUUGACCUUGACCUUUACAGAGUGAGUAAAAAUUUCACUACUCAACUUAUGAAUUCAACCCACCCUAAAUACUCCAUAAAUUGUUCAAACUGUCAGAAAAUCAAGUUUUUGAUAAACUGGAAGCAAUAUUCUUUCAGAAAAUGACAAUGUAUAAUUAUUUAUAUUGAAAAUUGUGAUAUUGGUGAAUUUAUUCAUUCCACUACCUUCAAAUCUCUGUCAUACAAAAUACAAGGGAGACGGCACGAAAUGAGUUCAAAAAUUCCUUUUCAUUUGAAGUUAUUAAAUCCAUUUGUAUUAAUUUUUACUCCACAACAUAUACAAACAUGAAUAUCUUAGGGGUAGAUCUUUAGGAUCAAAUCUGUCCACCCUUUCCCAAACCAAUUUGUCUGUAACAAUACGACUAAGCUUAGGGAUAAAAUUGUCAAUAUCUGAAUCUUAUCUCAACAUCACCGCUAGAGCCUAUGCUGUCAUUACUAGCACGUGGAAUAUCUCUGAUAUCUUUGCUUUCAUUUUAAUAUAUUUAAAAUAAUUCCAAUAAAGAAAUUCUGUGUUAAUUUAGAAGUUCCAAAGGGGGGGCCCUCUCCUGCACCAGACAUUGUGGCGGUGAAAAAAUUUGAGAACAAUUUUAUACCCCAUUUAUCACAAAAAAGUCCAUGAUAAAAACAUGUAAACACACUGAUAGUAACGGAAAUAGGAAAUGAACUCAUUAUAUAGAGUGAUUUCCCCUUAAAUAAUAUAAAUUAAAUCAAUUCGCAUUUUUAAUGACGAUAUUGCUAACUGCCAAUUAUAUCGGCUGGAACACCACAGAAAGGGGUAUCUUGGCCGAUCAUCAGUUUCAGGGUUAAUACCAUGGAUGAAACGUAUUGUUAGAGAUUUAUGUUAAUUGUUAUUUAUAUAUUAUGUAUCAACUGAUAGAGGAAGUGUGGUUUGAUGGAAAGAAUAUGUGUAUUUCACAUGUUGCUGUUGUAAUUGCAAAGACUACAACAAACUCAGCAAAUUUUCUUAGCAGCUGAACUAUUUGCAAGAUAACAAAGCCUUAAUUUGUAGUACUUGGCUCUUAUUAUUUUUCAAUGUUUCGGUGAAGAGUGAAAACAUAUUUCAAAUUUAUUUUGCUAACAGUGUACACCUUUUUUUAAAAACCAUUUUUUAGAUUUCAUAACUUGUUUUUUUAUAUUUUUUUUAUUAAUUUUGGUUAAAAAUGUAAAUAUGCAAGAACUCAAUUUCAAUUUUUUAAAAGUUAUUUUUAACCAACUUCUAUCUUUUACAAUUAGCCUGGUGACAGACUUUGAUUUGUUCUCAGUUGGAAUAGUCUUAAUUUGCCUAUUUUAAAAGAUAUUUAUUUAGGAAUUGUAUAAACAUUUUUGUAGUCUUUACACAGAUCCUCAAACUAAUAUUUUACAAACCCCAAAAACAUUGUAUCUCAAUUUAACUAAAAAUUAUAAUAGCUUGUUGACAAAGUUGUUUGAGUCGUCAAUCUAGUAAUACGAUUAUUCUAAUAUACAAUUAAGUCUUUUAAGUUAAAAUUACCACAGAAAUAGGUAAUCCUAUUGCCAAUGAAGUUCUCACUUCUGCAUUUUUUUCUUGUAGAUUAUGUGGCUAUCCACCAUUUUAUAGUAACCAUGGUGCUGCCAUUUCCCCGGGCAUGAAGAAAAGGAUUCGAAAUGGUCAAUAUGAGUUCCCAAACCCUGAAUGGAGUCGAGUCAGUCCUGAAGGUAAUGUAACAAUAAAUAGUAACAAAAAAUUCUUUAUUAAAUAAUUAUUUUGAAUAAUUUACUUAUUUGCAAUGUCUUGCUACUUUUUAAUUAUUUAUUCAUUUUGAGGUAGACAAUUAUUGCAAAAAUAUAUUUUAAAAUAAACAGCCCCUUAAAACAAAGUUUUGUGUAUAAACCCUUCUUAAAAUGUGAUAUCGUGCAAUGGGGGUUUUGGCCGCACAUUUGACAAAAAGUUGCAUACAAGUCAUGCAACCCCCCCCCCCCUCCUCUUCAAGGCCACAACCGCACAUUUUUGUCCAUGCCAAAAAUAUAUUAAUAUUCUAAUGACAAACCCACUUUUGCACCGCUGAUUUAUUUCACUAUUUCAGAAAAACAAGAAUAUAUUACGCACCAAAUAUACUGGCGAGAUUUUUUAAUAAGAAUCUCAUUUAGUUCAGUUAUCGAGAAUUUUCCUUCAUGUUCCUCUUGAUAAAAAAACAAAAAACUUAUUUUCGGGGGUUGGGGUUGGUAGGUGGGCCUGAAUAUUUGACAGAAUGUGUUGUCACCAGCAACGAGUCUAUGGGCUAAGUUUCAGGAAGAUGGAAAGUGGGUCAAUUAGCCAUCGAAAGAUUUUGCUUGCCAGCCACCGAAGUUAUAAUAAUAAGAACAAGUUAAUAUAAAGGCUUUAAAAAGGUGUAUUUUGAUAAAUAAAAUAUAUUUUCCCAAGUUUUAUAAAGUUUUCAUCCAAUAUCAAAACCAAAUUGAUUAAAUCUAAUAAGAUUUUUGUCAUUAAAAUCACAUUUAUUUGUUUUUUUUAGCUGUGGCUAUUCAGGAGACUAUUCCUAAUUGUGGUCAAACCAAAAUGAGAUCAUUAAUUUUGUAUUUGUAGCCAUGAGUUGUAAUUUAACAAUUAUACGUUUUAUUAGCUUUCUUAAUAUCUGCAAUUCUUUUUUUGAAUUUUCUUCAUUAGCAAAAGACCUUAUUAAAGGCAUGCUGCGAACAGACCCUGACAAGAGAUUGACUAUUGUUCAAGUUAUGCAAAAUAAAUGGGUUGCUGUUAGUAUCAUUAUUUUUCGUAUUAAUAUUAAUUUGCUUUCAAUGUAAAAUAGAAAUUUUUGUUUUACAUUCUGUUUUUUUAAACCAAGAAAUACUGACAAAAAUGAUUGAAAUAAUACUUGCAUAGAGAAUUAAGUAAAAGUAAAAUAAAUUCUACGUUUUAUAUUAUGAGCGAUCUAUUACUGGAUGAUCCAUUUCUGGAUGAUCCAUCUAACCAUGACAAUGUUAUUUUGGAUAUUAACCCUUUACAAAAACGAUGCGUCCGAAAUGCGCCGAUUUUUCCCUUGAGCCUACAGUCCAUUGCGCCAAACCCCCUCGUUUCGAGGUUGUUUACUUUCGUUCUUAGCACAGCGGAAAUCCAUUGCGCAUUACUAUUUAUAGUUCUACCAGAAAAAAGCCUCGUUAUCGGCAUUUAUUUUGAUACUAGUUUGACCGCAGUGUUUUUAGGAGCUCAUUUUCUACGAUUUUUUAAAAAGUUGCAAUUUUUUCGCUGUAAAAUAUGGCUUUCCAAGUCGUGGAUACAAUUUUGAUAGAAAUUAGGCCUAAUGAAGCUUUACUAUUUCAUACAUCUAGCAGCGAUAGUGAAGAAUCUGAUAGAGACAUUAAUUUAAAUGAUGCUACUAGUAAUAGUGAUUCAAGUGAAGAAGGUAAAAGUAGAGACAUCGAUGACAACGGACCUAUCAAAUCCAACUGAUCAGCAAGAUCGUGAGUGGUCUGGGAAUAUUUCACAAAUCAAUGUGGGAGGGUCCCCAAAACUGAUUUUAGGUUUAACUUUUGCUUAAAUCAUUUAUUUGCAUUUAGGUAUUUUUAAUUUUAUUUUCUUGCUUCUAGUUUAUUUUCUGUAAAUUAAUUAGAUAAAGAACCUUCAUUUAACAUGGAGUUAUGUCCCCUUGCUUGGGGCGCUGGGAGUAGGCAAGGCUAAAUAGGCUUGGACUGUAAAGGGUUAAGACAUAACUCAGUGACAUAUGUAAAUAUGACUUAAUUGCUUAUCUAAGAAAAACCCAUCAAACUAUAUCAUGAUGAGCCAUCUGCGUACAUCAAAGUGUCUAACCAUGACCUUUUUUUUCCAUAACCAGGACAACACCUUUGUCCCACUAACCCCACUGAUGUCUGCCCAGGUUUUGAGGGAGGAAGAGGAUGCAUGGAUGGAUGUACAGGUGUGAUAUGAGAAUACAUUUUUUUUUAAUCACUUGCCAUCAAUUCAUCAAUGUCUUUGAUCAUGAAAUUAAUAUUAUUUAUAUUAUUUCUAUAUCAGGAGGUACAUAUAUCAUUAGAAAGCUGAAUUUAUAUGGGAAAAUAUAUUGUUUUAAAAUUUAAAUGGCAUUAAAGAACCUGCUUUUCAAAUUUGCUCACUACAAUUUGUUGUCUUUCCAUUCUAUCCUUAAAAGUUAGACUCCUACAAGCGUAUCCUACAAUUUGUUGUCUUUCCAUUCUAUCCUUAAAAGUUAGACACCUACAAGCGUAUCUGUACGUGAUCUUCCAUUCUAUCCUUAAAAGUUAGACUCCUACAAGCGUAUCUGUACGUGAUCUAAUUUGACAACAUUUUGUAUUACAUUAUUUUCAGACUGAAAUCAAAUGAGCAGUCUCAUUUCAAGAAAAUGUUUUCCUAAAUUUUAAAUUAAACCAAAUCAUAUUCAUUUCAUUCAAUUAAAAAUUUAAUUAAAAAUUGUUUAAAAAAACAUUUAUUUUAUACUCUGCAACAUCAUAUUUUUCAUAUAUUAUAAAUAGAACCUCUUGAUAUAUUGUUAAAAUAUAAUUAAAAUGAGAUAAGUCUUCAGAAAAAUUCUGAUGGCAUUAUAUUUGUGUCAUUUGUAGGAAGGAACAUUUUAAUUUGAGGCAAUAACAAUAUUCACGUCCCACAAAUUUUUGUAAACAUUUGUAAAUUAGUGCGCAAUCGUACAAAUUAUCAAAUUUUGUGUUGGUGAUUUGAAGGCUAAUCUUUUACCUUCUCAACUAUUCAUACUGAGAAUUAUAUUUCAGUGCCUUAUUCUCUGUUUUAUCUGAAAAUACAGGAGGAAAUGACACACGCUCUGGCCACUAUGCGAGUGGAUUAUGACCAAAAUGUGAACAUUAAGAAUCUGCAACAGUCCAACAAUCCUUUGCUGAAGAAGCGAAUGAAGCAUGUGCCAGAAGGUGCUGAAGCCAUGUAGUGUUUGGGGGAGUGUGGGUGUGUUGGGUGCUUCAUUGUAUGCUAGCUUAUCAUGAACCGUGACUGACAUGACUGCAAUGAUUCAUAUUUGUCUUACAUGCAGCUCUUUUUCAAUCACACUUCAUUUAAAAUUACAUGCUCGAAAAAGAAUUUUUGUUUUGGAGAUUCCAAAAUUCUAUUUUCUAUAUUUCUUCUAUUCACAAUGUCAUAAUUUAUCAUGUGAUAAAGGUCGUUUAAUCUUUUUUUCCUUAAAAAAAUAAAAACUCAAUUCUUGGAAUAGGUUUCCCUAGAAUAUUGUUGAAAGUUUAUACUGUUGGUAAACAAAGUAAGGAAAUUAAUUGAGAGAAGAGAAAAAAAUGUAGCUCAAAUUUCCUUAAAAUUGCAUUUAAGCUUUGUAUACUAUUUUCAACUGAAUGAACAUAUUUAAAAAAUAUUAUGCUCUUUUGUAAAGUAUUGAGAGCUUAAGUUUUUAGUGAAGAGAUGAUGAAUUUAUAUACCGGUAGGUGUUGGUAGUAAGAUGAUGAGUUUAUAUAAAUGCUAGAGUUGUAAGUAAAUUAUUUCCUAUAAUUGUUAUACUGAUCACUCCUUUUCACUGGGUCAUAUCAUCAUCAAUUUAAUAACAGUUAGUCUUUUUCAAAUGUUUAAUUUUAGUAAAAAAGUGUGGAGAUGGCGCCACUCAUUAAAGUUGAGUUACCACAAGCCUGCCCUCUUUUCUUCCGAUGUUGAUGUUACCUUAGUAACCUCAGGUUUAUCAACUUAUCACCCUCCAAUGAGAGAUGACGUCACUUCAAAAAUAUUUCUUGUAUAUUUUCUAAAUUUAUUUCCUUUUUUAAAAAAAAAGAAAAGAAAUUCUGUGUUAAUCGCGGCUAAUAGAUUGAUCAGCCACACAAUGUUGUUGUUAAUUUUGAUUUUAUUUAAUGUUACAUAGAUUAUUGGACAUUAAUAGUCUUUUUACCACUGUAUGUACAGCAUAUAAAAUUUGAGCCACUAAGCAAACUUUGAAAAGGUAUUUUUAACAAUUUUAGUGUAAAAUUGAUUGUAAAUUUUUAAAAUUUCAUUAGAAAAUGUGUAACAAUUAGCAAGCUAGUCACAGGUUGAAAAAGAUGCCUGGUCUAGUAGGGGUUGAUGUACACAAUGUUGUAUUGACAGUUUUAACUUGACCAUCUUGUACCAUUACUUUUAAUGACACGUUCUAUAUUGAGUUGCCUGGGGAUAGAGGAUGUUGCAGGGUAUGAGUUAAAAUACACGCAGAAUUAUUAGCUCAUACAUAUUCAACAAUAACUGUUCAAUCUUUGUGUCUGAUUUACUUAUAAAACUGGGUAACUCUGUCUGUGUUAAAUUUGUUUUUUCUAGGUUUAAUUGAUCUUGAGUUAUGUUGCAGUUGUAUGCUCUUUUGCUCUUUGACAAAAUAUCCUCCUCACACACUGCACAGUUUCAUAAAUAAAAAAGACUUCCUUUAUUUUUAUGGUAACUUCAGAAAUUUCAGGCAAACCGGAAAUGGUAAAAUCCAAUGUCACAUGGUUUUGGCUGGAACACAGUUGGAAUAAUAAACUAUCAUUUAGUCCAGCGUUUCUCAACAUUUCAACCCACUAUAAUAUUUUAUUUACCUCAUGGCGCCCUUUCCUGUUAUUAAUAAUAAAAAAAAAUGUCUCUUUUUUAAUUUGCGUAAAGUCCUCUUUUUCAAGGUUUUAGUGGCGAUGGUGUCAUAUGACCCACUUUGAGAACCGCUGCUUUAGUACACAAAGCUCUAACACUGAAAUAAUUAAUAUUUCUAUUGUAUGGUUUAAAAAAAAAAAUGCUAAAUUAAUGGGUUUUAAAAAUAAUAAAAUUUAUAUAAAAAAAAAAAAAAAAAAAAAAAGAGAGAAUUACAAAUUUGAUGCUGGUGUUGAUAUUAAAGUAACCAAUGAAAUUUUAUGGUCAAUACACAUUUUCUAGCGCUUAUAUUAUCAUGACACUAACAUGUGUCAGUGGUGAUAGUAACCAAUGAAAUGUUACAGUCAAAACACAUGGUUAAAUGCUUAAAUUAUCAUGACACAAACAUGUGCCAGUGGUGAGGUGAGCUUCUUUCUUGAGAUUAACCAGUAGAUAGGGUUGAUAAAAGACUUGUGAGCUGUUAAAGAACAUAAGUAGAUAGCUGCUAGCAAAAAUUAUCAUAGAUCUCCUGGUUGGCCAAUUGUUAUGCACAGAAAGUUUUAGGAUCACAUGACUGACUAGAAUGUGAAAUAAGUGUAACUAUUAAAAGAUGAGAUGUUGAUAAAUCACUUCACUCUGUGGUUCCAAAACUUGACCCUAUCAUGUCACCCUUGCUGAAUCCAGGUCUUCUGCAGGCACCCUAUUUCAAAUCCUAAUUGCUUAAUUAUCAGGUUAGCUAUAAAAUUUAUAAAAAAAUAAGUCUAGUAAUCAUUUGUUGAUAGUUCUGCAAACAGUUAUUACUGAGUUGCUGGUUUGCACCAGGUCUGCCAGACUGGAUGUCAUGUCCCAAAGUGAAAAUGGAAAUAAAAUUAUAAAUUAAAAAAUUUAAUUGUGGGGCACCCGUGAGAAAGCACAUCAUGGUUAGCCCUGCUAGGUAUGCUUUGGAAUGGGUCGAGUUAACUGUUAAUAUGACAAUAAUAGAUUUACUUGUUAUAUAUUUUAAAUGAAUUUAAUCCAUGCCAGCCAAUUUUAUUACUGCAUUUUUUGAAGCGGGCAUAUUUUUUAACUGCAUUUUAAAGGUCUGUAAUUUACAAAUAUUUGCAGAAAUUGAACAGUGCAUUGCCCACCUGGAUAUCAUUAAUUCAUUUACAUCACAUCUACUUGUAAUAACAUAUCUCAGUGCUUGCAACAUAUAUGCACAUUUAUUAAAACGAGAUGGUUGAUGAGUUGUCUGGUCAGCCCAACACUAAACAUGUUUAUUAAAUAUUUCUAUUGGAUGACUUGACAAUCUUUGUUUUGUUGAUAAAUUGAUGCACAUUUAAAUAUUUUUUGUGACCAAUCUUAUUAUGAGCUGAUGAUAUCUAACCCUAGGUCACAAGAGACUCUGCUAGGUCACAAGAGACUCUGCUAGGUCACAAGAGACUCUGCUAGGUCACAAGAGACUCUGCUAGGUCACAAGAGACUCUGCUAGGUCACAAGGGACUCUGCUAGGUCACAAGAGACUCUGCUAGGUCACAAGAGACUCUGCUAGGUCACAAGAGACUCUGCAUACUAAACUGUCAUUUUAAUACUCUUUUUUUUUACUCUUGAUUUAAAUUGACAGUAAAAGUAAAAGCAACUUGAGGAAUUUCUGCAAGCUAAACUCAAAUUGAAUAUUUUCCAACCAUAAAUUUAAAUUAGCGGUUUUCUGGGGCACAUAACCAGAAAAAAAUGACAACAAAGUCCUGAUGGCUUAAGAUAAAACACUGCCCAGAUAGAUUAUAAUUGGUAAGUGGAGGGGUGGGGCAAUCACAAAUCCCCAACUUUGAAAUUUGCGUUGUUUUCAAAGAGCAAGUUUUUAGAAAAUACCUUGAAUGUUUAUAGGAAACACAUAUUUGGAAUGUAUCUUAUCAGGAGCAUGGAUCAGUGGAAACAGUACAAAUACAGGGCGUGCAAAAACUUGUUGAAAAUCUACUUACAAACACUCUGGCUCUUGCAUUAAGUUUGAAAUCAAAGUAUUGGUUUUUGUGUGCUAAGGUUACUUCUGCAAAAGAACACUUUUUGUUUAUGUGAGGGUGUGAGAUUAUUUCAAAUGUGUAUAGAAAAUAAUUGUGAAAGGUUAUUGUUGAAACAGUGAAUAAGUGUCUGACAUAUGUGCAGGCUUUGACUGUUAAUGCUGCUCAAGGCUGUGGUCAGUUGAGCAACUCUUCAAUUGCUGGUGUCAACUGAGAAUGAUUGUUGUGGUCAGCAACUCUUUCAUGUUCAGUUUGAUUCAAUGAUUGUUGUUCAGUUCACCACAGAUCAAUAUUUGUUUAAUCUAAAUCUAAUACAAAGGAUUUUUAUGGAGUUUUGAGUUCGCAAGCCAUAAUGUUACCAUCACGUGUUGAAAGAAUACUUUAAUUCUCCUUCAACAUGAGCUACUACUGCCAUCUAGAAAGGUUCAUUUUAAAACAGGCUAUUUUCUCUUCUUUGUUUUUUGUUUUUUUUUGUGGUAGCAGUUCUGUUAGGGUUAAAUGGGAUUCCAUAUUGCUUCAUCAGCAUUUAGUAAUUUUAUUUUUUAAUUUCUAAGUUGUUUAGCUGGCUAGAAUAAUUUCAUUUAAAAGCGGCAGUGCGUCUACCACAAUGUUUUUAACUGUAGCAGUCUAUCAAUUCUGCUAUUUUCUGUAAUCAAACUUGACAUUCUCUCAAUCACUUUACGAUUAGUCCAGAUGUCCCCAUGGAUUGUGGGCCCUACUGUUUUAAUUUGUUCAAAAUGAUGACAGCAUUGUGAAUAUUUAUUUUGUUAAUACUCUCUUCAUUGAUUUAGUCAUUUAUACAAUUAUUCAUACUUUCUCUUAUUAGUCAACCAAUCAAAUACCUAAUUAGUUCAAUUAUUAUAUACUUUUCGUAACAAUGAUUGUACUGUUAAAAAUGUAACACAUUUUAAAAUAAAAAAUAAAUUACAUUUAUAAUCUAUGGGUAGUCUUUCAAGUAAAUGUUUAACUGUUUAUCAUGAAUAUAUGCGAAUGGAAUGUUUAUUAUGUUGACCACUCGCUUAUUCAUCUCUACAACAGAAUGUCUUUAGUGGUCCUCAAACACUUACAUCACACAUAGUGCACAAAUUCUUGUUGAAGAUUCUAUUGUAUUGCCU